GUAUAGUCAAAACUGACACAUUUCUUUUCAAACUUUCUUUUUUUCUUUGCAUCAUUCAUAAAGUAAUAAGCCAGCAGAUAAAGCCAUUCCACAAACGAACUAAAACAUUCUUUCUUGCACUAAAGAGCAGCUGCAGACAAACAAGCCUCUUUUGGGGUUGGAUUAGCUGGUGAGAUCCAUGGAAGAUAUAGGUCCGAAUUCAUGCACAAGGCCAGUGACAGAGAAGAAAGCAAGACCCCAAGAACAAUUGAAUUGUCCAAGGUGCAGUUCAACCAACACAAAGUUCUGUUAUUACAACAACUACAGCCUCACACAGCCAAGAUACUUCUGCAAGACUUGUAGAAGGUAUUGGACAGAAGGAGGGUCUCUGAGAAACGUUCCCGUUGGAGGUGGCUCUAGGAAAAACAAGAGGGUCACCUCAUCAAAGGUUCCUGACUUGAAUCCACCAAUUAGCCUCUCAUCAGUCUCAGCCAUUUCUUCCCAAAACCCUAAAAUGCAAGGAGUCCAUGACCUUAAUCUGGCUUUUCCUGCAGCUAUGGACAAGUAUCAUCAUGGCACGUCUCCGUAUGUUGAGAUGCCAAAACUUGAAAUUGGUGGUGAUCACAGUACUAGUCAUCAUAGUCACCACCAUAGCCAUAGCCCUUCUUCUGCAGUUGAGCUACUACGGUCUGGCAUGGAUUCUAGGGGUUUGAAUCCUUAUGCUCCUAAUUCCUUGAUGUCAGGCUCAGAUCAUUCCCUUUAUACACCUGGCUAUCCCAUGCAGGAAAUUAAACCAAACCUUAGCUUUUCAGUUGAUGAUGGAUUUGGAAAUAGAUCAUAUGGGGUUCAAGAGAAUGGUGGAGGGAGGCUUUUGUUCCCUUUUGGAGACAUCAAGCACCUUUCUGCAGGUCUUGAAGUGGAACACAAUAAAGAACAAGGAAAUAAUUCAACUGGAUAUUGGACUGGUUGGUGAAGGGUCUUCAUGGUAAGGAAAGAAAAGAAAUAUUGGGAGAACAUAAAUAUCAACCUGCAUUGUUUUCUUUCUCUUCACUGUUUCUAUCUAUCCGCUUGAAGUUGUUCAGAUCACUAACAAUAGGAUACACAUGGUUACUCUAUUUUGUAUACAUUAUUAUUAUUAUUACAUUUCUAUUCGAGCAAUGUGAGGAUUUUACAGCUCAUCUUGGUUAUUUUUAAUAUGUUUAGAGAGAGAGAGAUAGAAGAAGAGGUGAAUAUAGGGUCUGCUUUUGUCCAAGUCAUGCAAUGCAAUGACCUGUAUUCAUGAAUUCUUCUGUCAAGGAGUAGAUACAUAUCUAUCGAUCACCUUUAUUGAUGUAUGCAUGCUUUCAAAGAUUUGGUACAAAAUGACUUUUGAUGAUUAAGGAAAGAGUCAGAUAUUCAAGUUUGUAACCAUAAUUAUACAUGUAUUGGAUUGGUUUGUGUGUUCUUUCCUAUUA